UCUGGCACUCCUUCUCAGCCUCCGAGCAUGCGCUCACCCUUUGGCGGUCCAUCAUCUAUCAGCACAGCACCAGUUACAACACAACCGCCAACACCAUUUUCGGGAUCAUUGCAGAAUGUGCCACCUCCUUCGGGUUCCUCUCCAUUUGCAGCACCUGGUCAAGGCAUGCCUCCACCCAUGGGUGCCCUUUAUGGAACACAGUCGUGGCAAAUGCCACCCCAUCAGGGGCCUCCACCUUCUGCUAUUCCUGGUUCGAUGCAACCACCAAGUAUGUACGGAAUGGCGCCUCCUCUUCCAAAUCAGGCAGUGGCUUCGAUAACACCUUCUAUUGGUCAUACCAGUCCAUCAAAAGUUGAUCCCAAUCAAAUCCCGCGCCCAAUUCCAAAUGCCUCUAUAGUUCUGCAUGAAACCCGACAAGGCAACCAAGCCAAUCCCCCUCCGCCUGCCACAAGUGACUAUAUUGUUAGGGACACUGGAAAUUGCAGCCCACGGUUCAUGAGGUGUACUCUUAAUCAGAUUCCAUGCACUGUUGACUUUUUGACAACCUCGGCAAUGCCAUGGGCUUUAUUGGUCCAGCCCUUGGCUCUUCCUCAUCCAUCUGAAGAGCCCCUCCCGGUGGUUGAUUUUGGGGAAAGUGGUCCUGUUCGGUGCUCUCGUUGCAAAGGCUAUAUAAAUCCUUUCGUGAAGUUUAUUGAUCAAGGAAGACGUUUCAUCUGUAACUUGUGUGGGCAUACCGAUGAAACUCCACGUGACUAUCACUGCAACUUGGGUCCAGAUGGCAGGCGUAGAGAUGCUGAUGAAAGGCCCGAACUAUGCCGAGGAACUGUUGAGUUUGUCGCUACCAAGGAAUAUAUGGUGCGAGAUCCCAUGCCGGCUGUAUAUUUCUUCCUAAUAGACGUUUCCAUGAAUGCCAUUCAGACCGGUGCAACUGCAGCUGCUUGCAGUGCGAUCAGCCAAGUUAUUACUGAUCUCCCUGAAGGUCCUCGAACAUUGGUUGGAGUUGCUACAUUUGACUCAACUAUCCACUUUUACAAUCUCAAGCGUGCAUUACAGCAGCCAUUGAUGCUUAUAGUCCCUGAUGUCCAAGAUGUUUACACCCCCCUUCAAACCGAUGUUAUUGUGCAGCUCUCAGAGUGCCGUCAGCACCUAGAGCUUCUCCUAGAAAGCAUCCCAACAAUGUUCCAGAAUAACAGGACUGCUGAUUCAGCUUUUGGGGCUGCAGUCAAGGCUGCUUUCUUGGCAAUGAAAAGCACUGGAGGCAAACUUCUUGUGUUUCAAUCAGUCCUGCCAUCUACUGGUAUUGGAGCCCUUUCUGCUAGAGAAGCUGAAGGAAGAACCAAUGUAUCAGCUGCAGAAAAGGAGGCUCACAAGUUGCUUCAGCCGGCUGAUAAAACUUUGAAGACAAUGGCUAUUGAGUUUGCCGAGUAUCAGGUCUGUGUUGACGUGUUUCUCACAACUCAAUCAUAUGUAGAUAUUGCCUCUAUCUCGGUCAUCCCUAAAACUACCGGUGGGCAGGUGUACUACUAUUUCCCUUUUUCUGCUCUUGCUGAUUCUGCCAAGCUAUACAAUGAUCUUCGAUGGAAUAUCACUAGGCCCCAAGGGUUUGAGGCAGUAAUGCGUGUAAGAUGUAGUCAGGGAAUUCAAGUUCAGGAGUACUCUGGAAAUUACUGUAAAAGAAUUCCAACAGAUGUUGAUCUACCUGCGAUUGACUGUGACAAAACAAUUAUGGUGACAUUGAAACAUGAUGACAAAUUGCAGGAUGGUUCAGAAUGUUCUUUUCAGUCUGCCGUUCUUUACACUACUAUCGAUGGCCAAAGAAGAAUCCGAGUGUCAACUUUGGCUCUGCCUUGCACAACUUUGUUGAAUAACAUGUUUCGAUCAGCUGACUUGGACACACAAUUUGCUUGCAUCUUAAAGCAAGCGGCCAGUGAAGUGCCAACUGCUCCUCUCUCAAAGAUCAGAGAGCAAGUGACAACCCUUUGCAUCAACAUUCUGCACUCUUAUCGUAAAUACUGCGCCACAGUGUCAUCCUCGGGACAACUUAUCCUUCCAGAGGCACUUAAACUUCUUCCUCUUUACACACUGGCUUUGCUUAAAAGCACUGGACUUAGAACUGAUGGACAGAUUGAUAGUAGGUCCUUCUGGAUUAAUUAUGUUUCCCCACUCUCUACUCCAUUGGCAAUCCCUCUGGUCUACCCUAGAUUGAUAGCCAUUCACGAACUCGAUACAGAGGAGAAUGACGAUUCUCUUAUUCCUCCUUCUAUUCCACUUUCCAGUGAACAGAUCAGUGACAACGGGAUCUAUCUUCUCGAGAAUGGCGAGGACUGUUUGAUAUAUGUUGGGAACUCUGCAGAUCCUAGUGCUAUCCGUCAGCUGCUAGGCAUUUCAUCUGUUGAAGAAAUUCCUGCUCAGUUUGUUCUGCAGCAGUAUGACAAUCCACUUUCUAAGAAGCUCAACGAUAUCAUUAAUGAUAUUAGACGCCAAAGGUGUAACUAUCUCCGCUUAAAAUUAUGCAAAAAGGGGGAUCCAUCAGGCAUGUUAUUUUUCUCACACAUGGUAGAAGACAAGACACAAAGUGGACUUUCAUACGUCGAAUUUCUAGUGCAUAUCCAUCGGCAAAUUCAAAAUAAGAUGGCUUGAGAGAAGAUGUCCAAUUCUCUUCAUGAAUUUUGACCAUAGAGAAAGGGUGGUACAGAUGGUUUCAGUAUGAAGAGGCGCAAAUAAGCUUUCGAGGAGCGGCCUCAUCCAUGAUGUUCUGUUGAAAAGCAGGAAAAGCUAGUUUAGAUGUCAGAGCUCUCGAAGAAUUUUUGAAGUGUAGCACAUACUCAAAAAGAAUGAAGAAGAAGCAUACUUUUCUGUACUUUCACAGUGAUAGUGUUAUUUAUUCUGUUUAUUUUUCUUGAUAUGAUUUGUAAAACUAAAAUAGAUAAAAGGGUUUUGUUGACUAUAUGGAGGAUGGUGUCGAAAAAGUGGUUCUUUUUC